AUGGAAUUAGUAAUACUGCAGUCAAGAAGUGUGAGAUUAAAAAUAUCUGCUGAAGCUAGCGUCUGUGAUACAAACGCUAAGCGCUCCUCAGAUUCAGAAUUGUUAGACGAAUUACAUCAAAUAAUUACGAAUUAUAAUUCAACUUCAGCGACAUCAUUGUGUAUAUAUAGAGAAUCAUUAAUCAUGAAACCAACAUUUUUUCUCGCAAUCUUUUUGGCACUUAUUGUUAUUAUUCAAGCAUCUCCUGUAAACCUUAUUAAAAGAGAGGAAUCUUCAGAGACACCAAAAGAGGGAGAUCCUGCAGAAUCCGAUAGAACUGUACCAUCAGGACCAAAUCCCCUCCAUAAUAAAAAAUAG